GCCGUGCUCGCCUUCGUGGGGCUGGAGGUGCGGGGGGGGCUGCUGCUGCUGGCGGUGCGGCACCGGCUGCGGGAUGCCCUGCGGGACGCCCUGCUCCUCUGCCUCCUGCGCUACCAGGAGGAACCCGACCUGCAGUUCUUAGUGGACGAGGUGCAGCGGAGCCUGCGGUGCUGCGGACUCGACUCCUACCGCGACUGGGAGACCAACCCGUACUUCAACUGCAGCGCCCCGGGAGUGCAGGCGUGCAGCGUCCCUGCCUCCUGCUGCCUGGACCCCUGGCAGAACGGCACUGUCACCAACACCCAGUGUGCCUUUGGGGUCCUGCGCCUGGGGGACGCGCGCGUGCACCUGGGGGGCUGUGUGGCACAGCUCAGCGCCUGGUUCCGUGACCAGGCGGGCGGCAUCGCGGCCAGCGCGGCCGUGCUGGUGCUGGUUGAGGCUGCCGGUGUGCUCAUGGCGCUGAAGAUGCUCAGAGACAUCGCGCCUGUCGGGGCACGGGACUGA